AUGGCGUGCCGCGCACUUGCCCUCCGCUCCAUGCUCCUACCCGACCCGCUCCACCGCCUCCCGGCCGCGGCGGCGCCUGUUGGGAGGGCGCCCCGCGGCGGCCGCCGUCCGCACCUCCGCUGCUGCUCCGGCGGCGGCGGCGGCGGGGACCCCGGGCAGCCGCCGCAAGAAGCUGUGCUAGAGGCCAUAUCCAAGAUAGCAAGGUCUAAAGGAAGGGUUGCUCUCACAACAAAUAUGGUCAUGGGUGGUACUGUGACGGACGAUGCAAGUGAUGAAUGGCUUGUUCUGGAUCAGAAGGUAAAUUCCUACCCCACAGAUAGAGGAUUUACAGCAAUUGGCACUGGAGGUGAUGAUUUUGUCCAGUCAAUGGUAGUUGCUGUUGAAUCUGUUCUUCAAGAAUCCAUUCCCAAGGGUCGGGUAUCUCAAAAAUUAUCUUCAAGAGGAAAAUAUGUUUCUGUAAACAUUGGACCAAUUCGUGUUGUUUCUAGUGAGCAGGUCCAAGCUGUGUAUCGUGCCAUGAGAAGAGAUAACAGGAUGAAAUACUUCUUAUGA